AUGGCAACCAAGCGCGCCUGUCCCGAGGCCGCGACCGUGCUGAGCCUUCCGCACAUCCUGACCUCGAUCGCCCAGUGCCUCCAGUCGCCGCGCGAUGCUCUCGCCUUUCUGUCAGCGCUGCCAUUGACGUCGCUGGACACUGCACUGGCGGCGACCAAGAAGCUACUGACGCGACCUGGUCGGUUCGUCCACACGUGGCCUCACCUUAGCCUCGACGACAUCAAUGACGAGAACGCGGCGCUUGCCCUUGCGGCGCUGCCGGCUCUAGUCUCGUUGUGUAAGCCUGCCGCUGAGCGCGUGGAUUGGUCGCCGCCGACAACCGUCGCAACAAUGAGCUUCGUCGACUUUGUCUCGUCGUGGCCGCUCAAGAUGACGCACUUUGAGUCGAUGUGGUUUGACGACAUUGAUACCGACGUCGCUUGCAGCUUGCUGCGUCGCUGCACGCGGCUACGAGCCGUUGGCAUAACUCGGGAGGAAAAUGUGGUCGACCUGCUUGCCGCCGUGUUGACGCCAGCCCAUCGAGUGGAGAAGCUGUCUCUCUUUUCCAACACCGAAGCUACCAUGGACUGGACGUCGCUGCUGCGGCCAUGGCUGUCGGGUGGGCACGCGCGACAUCUCUCGUUCGAAGCCACCCAAACAACCGAUCUAGCGGGGCUGGCGCAGGCACUCGCAACCACGGCGUCGCUGACGGGCUUGGACGUCAACAACGACAAUCUCAUCCGUGCCUUUUUGGCGCUGCAGUUGUCCUUGCACCAGCUCACGGAGGUGCGCCUCGAGACAGACAGGCCCGAGCUCGUCUGUCGCUUCUUGCGACUUUGUGAUGUGGCCAAGCUCACGUCACUAGAGAUCGUGGGUGAAGGCGACCAUGAAGACACCCUCGCGCUCGUACCACGCAUGCCAGCGCUUCGCCACCUCUCGUUGCGUUGGGGUGAACUCCGGUUGACUCAUAACGCUACGUCGCGAUGGCCGCACCUCGAGAGCCUCGAGCUCUGUGCAGCUCACUUUGACGACAAGGCAUUUGAUAUCGUGCUCGCAUACCUGGAGCGCGUGCAAGGCCUCCAGAAGAUCAUGUUCAACGUCUGCCAUUCGCUUGAAACCCGUUUCCUCGACCUCAGUCGCACGCUCGUUCGCUUGAUCAACAACGGCCUCACGCGCGCAAGUUUCCGUCAUACGGACCUUGACGACACCAGCGCCGCGCUCCUCGCGCUGACGCUGCGCCAAUGUCGCAACGUGUCGCACGUCACGUUUGACCUCGGCGAGAAUGACUUUACGAUGGACGGCGUUCGCAUGCUGCUCGAAGCCCUCGCUACAUGUUCGUACGUGUGCGUCCGCCUUGCGCUGCCAGAGACAUACCACGAAGACGAAGUUCGACGAUUCCUUGCAACCCACGAAAUGGUGUGCGCCGUCAAUGACAUUGCGGUUUGGACGCUCUAUAGUCCUAGUAUGCAUGCGACAUGA